GAACAAGCCUCUCCCUUUCUCUUUCUCGUUAUCGUUCUCGUAAUCUCCCUCGUGUUUCUGAUCCCCAAUCGCGAGGCAACCGGCGUCGAGGAUCUUCCGGCGCGGUUGGAGAGCGUCUCCUGAGCGCUCCGCUUCUGGAGUAGUUGAGCAUCUCCUCUCUUGUGGCCGAGUUCUUCACCGAGCGGCUGCGGAUCUGGAUGAUUAAGAUUGGUUUAGAUCUUUCUCAUCUUUCUUCUUCUAUUUCUUCCCUUGUGUUAUCUAGAAACUAUUUUUCUGGUGGGAUCGGGUUGUCAUUAUCCCUCUUCCUAUUUGGUUGAAGUUUUGGGUUCUGGAUUGUUUUUUUUUUUUUUUUUUUCUGUUUAGGGGAUGUUGUGUGGGUAGAAAUUGUUGCGGGAUGUUAUGAUCCCACACUUCAAUUCAGUGGACGCUGUUCCUUGGUAGAGUAGAGAGGUUGUGAACCUUGAUCGUUAGGAAUUAGUUAUCUUCUUUUGUGAGUUUGGAAUUUUCUUUUGUUUUUUUUUGAGAAAUAUAUUUCUUUUUUGGUUCCGAGACUUAUUUGCAUGUUUUUUUGGUAGGCUCGUUCAUUUUUCCUAUCAUGUUGGUAUUUCAGAGUGUCCAAAAGUUUUAAGUACUUAGAAGGGUUUCAAGUAUCAUGGCUCCUGCGCAAUGUAUGUAUGGUGCCAAUGAAGAAGGUAAACUUGAUGUCUCAGUAAAAACGGAGAACAAGGAAUUUGUAGAAAUGAAAGAGGCAGCCGGAAUAUUUUCUUCAGAUAACAGUGAAGAUCGUAUGUUAUGUGUUGGAUCAUUGAAAGAAAUGGGCAAAUCUGUAGUUGUCCCUGAUGAAAGUAAACUUAACCACAUUGUAAAAUCUGUGAACAUGGAGUUGGUGGAUGACAAAGAUGUGCUAGGAUUUCCGCGUGCAAAAAAUUGUGAAGAAGUUGAUUUUUGUGCUGGAUCCUCUACUUCCUUGACUAAAGUUGAUAAUGUCAUUGUUGAGGAAAUUGACAUUGUCAAUUGUACGGAUGACAUUGAUGACAAGGCACUGGAAAUUGAUGACCUAGAUGCAACUGAGUGUUCUAGCUCAUUCGGGGACACUUUCUCAGGUUCAGAGAAUGAGUUGAAGCAGGAGAAUGGGGGUAUGGAAGUUGAUUCACCACUUGUUCCUUCAAAUGUGGAUCCUGCUGUAUUUGAUUUGCUUAACAAGGAUUUUAGGAAGAAGAAAGUGAGUGCUCAUUGGAGAAAAUUUAUCAGUCCUCUCACGUGGAGAUGUCAAUGGUUAGAGUUGCACAUGAAACAAUUUUUCUCACAAGCUUCAAUGUAUGAUAAGGAGCUUACGAUGUACAAGCAUGGAAAGGAACUUCAGUCAAAGAUUAUUGAGUUGGAUAAUUCUGUCUCUAGAUCAGUGCCCUUCACAUCUCGAAACAAUUGGAAAAGUUCCAUGGACAGGAGAAAAAGGAAAAGAACUGAAGAUAAAGAUGGCAUAUCAUCAUAUAUGUCAAAUCAUGCUAUAUUUUCUUACUAUGAAAAUAAGAGAACAGAUUCAGACAGCCACUCAGUUGAUGAUGAUUGUGAAGAUUACAACAUCAUAAGCAAUGAUGAUAAUGAGUGGUUGCUUGGCUUGAAAGGCGGUGAUAAUUCCCUCGAACAGAUUCUUUUGAACAUUGAAGCUGUUAAAUCUAGAAUUCUGAAGUUGAAGAUUCAGCUUGACAAUGUCAUAUUUAGAGAUGUAAGAGAGAUACCUUCUCCUUCCAAUCUAUCAAUGGAAGAUCUGCCCGUGAGUUUUCUGCAAAAUGUUACUGGUGGAGGUGCAACGUCGACCGGAUGUGAGACACAGAGGGUGGUUAUGCCCUUAAGUGAAGGUUCAAGCUAUGGUGAUGCUGCAGAUAUUGGUAUCAUUGAAAGCACAAUCGGCUUAUCGUCUGGCAGUGCUGUAACUCUUGAUCACCACCACAUGAGAGACUUGUGUGAAGAUAAUGAAGAUGUAUUGAUUGAUAACCCAAUAGCUGAGGAAGAGUAUCAGAACUUUGAGAAAGUCAAUCAUGAAACAGAUAAAAUUGAGGGUAUAGCAAAGCCAAACAGCGUGAUCCAUUCUGGUGACCAAAGUACUGCCCCUAACGUGUCAGUGCCAGAAACAAGUCGACCUGGAUCGAAUGUUGAAAUGCCACUGCAAACAAUUCUGAAGCCCUGUUACACUGGUAAAAGAAGAGGACGAAAGCCCAAGAAAAAGUGGCAAGCCAGUUUAGUUGCUGCUUCUCGUCAACCAAGGACCAAGAAGCUUCGCGUAUCUAGUUCUUCGUGGAGUGACUGGAAUUCUGGUCCUCCCAAGACUGAGAAGCUUCAGACUUCAGGUCCCUGGAGGAGCGAGAGGCUUAAGAUGCAAAGAUUAGACGCCAACAGGAAGUAAGUCUGUCGACGCUUCACGUCCCUUGAGGAAGGAUUAGAUUCCAAGAGUGACCAGUAAGAAAACAUGAUGAGUUCAAGUGUACAUGCAUCCCAUCAACUUGUACUGGAGCCUGCUCUGGAUUCUCUUUCAUCCUAAUCUAGAACAAAGCUUGUAUGCUACUGGAUGACUGAAUUAUUAGGCUACUGUUCUAUGUAUAUGUUUUUUAUUAUUAUUAUACCAUGACCUCGAUCAGUUCCGUAGUGUCA